AUUGAAAAGAUUGCAAAAGCAUGUGAAUGGAGAAAAAAUAGAGAGCCUAUCGAUUCUUUUGGAGUUUCAAGGAGAAGUCCUUCCUGACAAGGUUAAAAUUGGAUUUAUGAGUUUUUCUGUGAGACCAUAUGUCCCUCCCCCUUUGCGCUGUUUUAAAUGCCAAAGGUAUGGUCAUAUCGCAGCAGUGUGUAAAGGGAAACAAAGAUGUGCCAAAUGUGGAGGAGAUCAUCGAUAUGAUGAAUGUGGAGUGGAUGUACAAAUGAAAUGCUGUAACUGUGGUGGUCAGCAUAAUGUAGCAUUUGGAGGUUGUGAGGCAAGAAAAAAGGCAGCAGAAAUUCAACAGCUGAGAACAAUUAAAAAAAUCACUUAUGCAGAGGCAGCAAAAAGUGUUCAAGAGAAAAGAACGGUUCAGAAAAGUCAACAAGUAAUGUCUAGCACAAGUUCUGAGCCCAGCCAAAUUUUAAAAUCUGGAAUGGAGAUCACAAUGGAUAAAUUAAUAUUAUUCAUGGCAUAUGUAAUCAACUGCACUGAUCAAGUAAAAC